CCCUGCCUGGGCGGAGCCGGCGCGGGAUCCGGGUGGCUGCGGACAGACGGCUGCGGGGUGGGGGUCGCGGCCCACGGCUGGCCGCGAAGAGUUCGGAGGCGGAAUCCCCACUGGCAGUGACCCCCCGCGAACGGACCCUCUCGGAGGGAGCGCACGCCACCCUGCACCUCCGCAUCCCAGCAGGGCUCCAGGCCUCCCCCCAGGAGGCUCCCCGUCAGGAUGGCGUCAGCUGGAGACCCCCUGCCGGGCCCACGGGAUGCAGCGGACCAGAACUUCGACUACAUGUUCAAGCUUCUGCUUAUUGGCAACAGCAGUGUGGGCAAGACAUCCUUCCUGUUCCGCUACGCGGAUGACUCUUUCACACCUGCCUUCGUCAGCACUGUGGGCAUCGACUUCAAGGUCAAGACUGUCUACCGCCAUGACAAGAGGAUCAAGCUGCAGAUCUGGGACACAGCGGGCCAGGAGCGCUACCGUACGAUCACCACAGCCUACUACCGAGGAGCCAUGGGCUUCCUGCUCAUGUAUGACGUUGCCAACCAGGAGUCCUUCACCGCCGUGCAGGACUGGGCCACACAGAUCAAGACCUAUUCCUGGGACAAUGCUCAGGUCAUUCUCGUGGGGAACAAGUGUGAUCUGGAGGAUGAGCGUGUCGUACCUGCUGAGGAUGGCCGGAGGCUCGCCGAUGACCUUGGUUUCGAGUUCUUCGAGGCCAGUGCCAAGGAGAACAUCAACGUGAAGCAGGUCUUUGAGCGCCUGGUGGAUGUCAUCUGUGAGAAGAUGAACGAGUCCCUGGAACCCAGCUCGAGCCCUGGAAGCAAUGGGAAAGGCCCAACCUUGGGAGAUGCCCCACCCUCCCAGUCCACUGGCUGCAGCUGCUAGACAUGGUCCCCCACCCCUGCCCACCCCCUCCUGCCUCGGCUUGGACUGUGACUGAGGCAUGAGCCAUAAGGGCUGUUUCCAAGCUCAGGGCGCCCCCUUCUCCCUUGCCAGGUAUCAGCUGCCCCCCCUACUUCUGCAUGGCUCAUUCUCUUGCCAUGGCCACCAGCCUGCCCAAGCAGCCCCUGUCACAGGAUGCAAACACUGGCGACUCUGCAUCAGAGGCAGGGUCUAGGGAUGUUGACGUGCAUGAGCUUGCUGCUUUUCAAGCGUUUGAAUGGGGGUUGCUUAGUAGAGGGGCUUCCACAGUGCCUUCUGGGUUAGAUCCGUUGUCCACGUCCAUUCUGUUCUGGGCAUUGUCUGAGGUUCGCGAGCUGGCUGAAGAUGGUUUGUCUUUCUCAUGCCAUGUGGGUUCUCAGAGUUCAUCUUUAGAGAUUUGGAAGGUGGCUCUUUGCUCAGGGUCCCCUGCUGUGGUCCUGAGCCUGCCCACGAACCUCCUCCGACCUCGAGGCUCCAAGGGGAGGAGGUGACUGACCUGGGCAGACCCUCCCUUCUGGCCUGCGGAUCCUCUGUCUGUGAAAGCAGUAUUAAAGCAGCUUUUCCCAUUGUCAAGGGAUAGGGAUUCAGAAGCCCCCUGGCUUCAGGGACCCUGGAAGUGCCUUUUAAGUUUCCCUAGAACUCCACAUCACCCAUGACCCUGUUUUGACUUAUCUGUGGUGUCGUUGAUUCGGGACUGAAUUCUGGAACUACGUACCGUGUCUAGCCAGGCAGAGAAUCAGCCAGCCCUGGCCUUCAUGCUCAGGGCAUUGUGCAGAAGUUAAUCUCAGAGCCAAGAGCCUGGUCCCUCCCGCCCAGACCUGCCUCCUUGGAGCCCAUUUGGCUGGUGAUGUUUUAAGCAAGAUCUUGCCACAUCUUACAUCCUGCUAGAAAAGGAAAUUAAGCAAUGUUUCUAUAACCUGUGCCUGCUGUCGACUUUCUGAUGUAAGGACUUGGGCUCCUCCCACUUGAGGGCCAGUGAAGACCCAGUACCCAGUGUCCAUUUCAUGAGCCAUGUCAUCGGUGGGGCCCGGUGAUGAGACAUUUUCUGCUAAUGGAGGAGUCAUUCUAAGGAAUGUUUUGGGUUUGAGCUGGACGGGCAAGAAGGUAGAGUUGUAUAACUGCUAUUGCCACAUGCAUUUCCUGAUACAGCUUGGGAGUGGCAGACAGAUGGGGGAUGGCCUGGGAUCAGCCCCUGGCUGAGGCUGAGGGCUUCUUUUGGGAGAUUAUUUGCAGUUUAGGGAUCUACAUCGUCACAUCCCCUGACCCUCCCAGCUCAGCAGCCCAUCCUGCCCACCUUGUGCAAUCUAAACUUCAGUGGCAUGGCACCUCUUUCUGUUCUUGAACUCUAACUGACACCCCAUAACUUGAUAGACACUGUGAGGACAGCCUAAGCAGAUGGUUUGUGUUCCCAAUUCCACUCUCAUAGCCCCUGCUGGCAAGAUGACCUGUAGCCUUAAAGAUCUCAGCCUCCUUUGGGGCACGGGGAAGGCUUGGUUCGAGUUUAACAUGGCUCUUACCUUUAUAGAAGCUCUAGAUUGAAUUUAUUUCUAGAGGGCCCUAUUUACCCCUUACCAGGGUCUGCCCUUAGGGCUUCAAAGUGAGGAUAUAUUUGUAUGCCAACAAAUCAGAUGACUGAAGUGAAACGGACACGCUCCUGGAAACAAAGUGAGAGCAUCUGAAUGUUUGGGGUGGGAGUCAAAAAUGUUAGUUGCUUUAACAUAAAAAAAUGAAAUGAAAUUAGCUAAGAAAAAGGCUUCUUAGAAUGCACACGGCCUGUCAAGACACACUUGGCCAGUCCAUUUUCCCUAAACUGCUGCUAUAGAAAAUGGUGGGUGAGAGAGCUGUUACCUGAGGGACGAGCCAACCGUCACUGCAUAUGCGAUAAAACCAGCAUUGGCUGUAACUUGGACCUAACCUGGCCUAAGCUUUCUGUUUACACAAAAUUUUUCAACAGUCCAGCUUCACAUAGCAACUGAGACAACUGCUUCGGGUUCUCUCAAGACUGGGAUAAUGUAGAUUUUUUUUCUAAAUAUAAUGGAAGUUUUUAUUUUAUGAUGUUUGGGAGGAGGUUUAAUUCAAAAUGGUCUCUAGGGAACAGAUACUGAUGUCCUCACAGAUCACUGUGGGGAAUUGAGGUUUGUUUAGUUUACAAAUAAAAAUUAAACCAAAGGCUAUGGGAAAACCACCUCCCAACUCCAGGGAUAUUGGGAUCUCGAGCAGUCGCCCGAGGCUGGGUCCUGCUGUCCCUUCUUACCAUUUGCUUUUAGCAACUCGUCUUUCCACAGGGAUUUCGGUGGGAAAUUGUCGUGGCCACCGUGGUUUGGGGUUCUGCUUUUUUCUUUUCUUUUUCUUUUGUCGUCUCUGGGAAUCAUAUUCCAGUGUCUUUCUCUCCUACUUAGAAAAACAAGUAAGGGGUGAAAUUUGGUCUCAGUGUUGAAGUGCAAGCUCUGCUAACUGGCUUCUGCACGAUCCCAAACGUACUACGGAGUGAGCUCUGGACCUGCUCAUUUCUAUCCUGGAUGUGGUUCCCCUGAUCUCCACUUGGAAAGACAUGCACUUUUCUCCACAAGAAAAAAAAAAAUUAAAGCCGUUAUGCCCAGA